UGUACGAGAGGGGGGACACUGAUAGCAUUGAUCGUUGCGUACAACUCGUCACUAAACGGUGCUAUUUUUCAGUCUCAGGAAGACGUUCGGAGAACGCGAUCAUGAAGUUGUGUCUACCGUUGCUAGUUGGGUGCUUGUUUGCACUUCUAGCUGGAACCAGUGGAGUCGAGUUCACUCAAUUCCAGCUCUACGUAGUUCACGUGGAUAAUCGCGACCAGUUGAACCAGAUUCAAGAACUCGUCCAGAAUGGCGACUACGACUUUUGGGAUGUUCCCCGCGUAAACCGGAAGGCUCGAGUGAUGGUCAACCAUAUUGAUGAGAUGAUGUUUGAAAAGUUCCUCGAAGAGCAUGACAUCGACUUUGAUCCGAUUGUCGAAAAUGUGCAGCAAAUCCUCAACAAGGAGCGGAAAAAGAACGAAGAGCAUCACCGGCGGGCGAAGCGUGAUGCCAAAGCUACGGUUGACUUUGACCACUACUGGACGCUGGAUGAAAUUUACGCGUACGUCGAAGAGCUGGCAGCGACCAGUGAGAUGGUAACGGCGUUCGACAUCGGGACGACCCACGAGGGCAGGCCGAUCAAGGCGAUGACCAUUUCCCGGAACGGGGAAGUCGGCAUGGAUCGGCCGGUGGUGUUUAUGGACGCGGGAAUUCACGCUCGCGAAUGGGCCGGCAUCAUGUCGGUGCUGUACAUGAUCCACGAGUUCGUCGAGCACUCGGAGCAGUACCCGGACCAGCUGGACAACACCGACUACGUCAUAAUCCCGGUGCUCAACCCGGACGGGUACGUCUACACCCACGAGAAGAACCGGCUGUGGCGCAAGAACCGCGUCCAGAACAACCUGCUGUGCGCCGGCGUCGACUUGAACCGCAACUUCCCGGCCAUGUGGCGCUUCACCAGCAACGCUUGUACCAACUCUUACGCGGGGCCGGAGCACAGCUCGGAAAAGGAAACAGUGGCCAUGAUGGGUCUGAUGGAUCGGUACAAGUCGGCGAUGGCGAUGUACGUGGCGGUGCACACCCACGGCGAUAUGAUACUGUGGCCUUGGGGCUACGAAUACGACAAGUACUGCGACAACUGGGAGGAGCACGACCAGCUCGGCAAGCUGGCCCAGCAAGCGAUCGUGGCUGUUGGUGGACCGGAGUGGGAGGUUGGCAACUCGGUUGAAGUGCUGAACUACCGGGCGUCGGGAGCGACCGAUGAUUACGCGUACGCUACGGGGGCACGGUUGGCCUUUACGAUUGAACUGACCGGGGGAGGGUACGAGGGAUUCGAUCUGCCGGCCGAUCAGAUUGGUAAAGUUUCGCGCGAAACGAUGGAGGUGUACAAGGUGUUCGGGAAGCAUGCGGGAUCGUUGACGGUGCCGGUUGUGAAGAAUUGAAUGGUGUAUGUGAAAAAAU